UAAGGCAACGCCCGCGCUCGCGCGCGUCACUUUCCCGCCCUUUUCCCCUUUUGCCGUCAGAUUUCGCCGCGAUGGCCAACAUCUAAGGCUGCGCCGUGACGCCGGAGCAGUGCACCUCGCACACCAGUUGCAAACAUGACGUCUCUCGAUGCAUACACCGACGACAGGCUUGCUGCUUUAGACAGCAUAAAGAUCUUCCAUGCUUCGUCACUAAAAUCUCCUGAAAUUCAUCACGAGAAAAGAUACAGAAAUGAUGGCGGAGAACACAACAGCUUUGCCCGCGGAGAUAUUCCAGGGCCACCGUGGGUCGCCCUUGGAGAUGGCUGACGAUCCCUUGUCUGGACUCGUGGUUGACUUUGGACAGCCUGAAUGGACGAUGGACUUGGACUUCUUGCUUGAGGCAGAGACUGAUCAUCUGUCGUUCGCAAAGGAGACGGGUCUCUUCCAUUCUGGCGGCCUCUGUUUGGACCAGAACCUGGGCCUGACCGAUCCAAAAGCAGAGCCCCUGAACCAGCAGCCUGGGUUUGGUCUAGACAAUAUGCACCACGAGUCCAUUCUUGACAUUGGGGAUCCUCGGCAAAGCUUAUUUAAAAUGCAAUUUGACACAUACCUUCUUCAAAAUGAUAAUUUGCCCACGAUAGAACUAUUCGAUAUUGAGGCUAACCUGGGUUCAUCCGAGUCUUCAGCCUGUAUGCAGUCACCAUGCUCUCCUUGCUCUUCAAGCUCUCUCGGCUCUGAUCAGGUGGCGCCUUGCACGCCUCCGAUUUCGCCCAUUUUGUCCCCAUCUUCAGAGUACUGCACUGAUGGGGACAGCCCAUGUGAAAGUGUACCCCAAGAGAUUCUACUUGUAAUUAAAGAGCCCGCAGCACCAGAUUUUGAUUUUGAGAUGUCCUACUUGACAGAGAGUGAGGCAAGCCCUGAACACACCUCUGCUGAAGAAGGCGAAAGCUUUGACUCCAAAGAUGAAGUCAAAGUGGAAGUUGUCGUGCCACGUGCGGAGACGACACCCAAAAAGUGCAGGCGCACGCCAUACAGCGGCAUGCCUAAGCGCGGCGGCGGCGGCCACGCUUUCCCCAAAGUUAAGUUGGUCUCCGAUUCCUGCCCGUCGUCCCCCGAGGCGAGCGAUUCGCCUGCGGGCGAGGGCAGGUUUCAGAAAAAGAAGGAUCAGAACAAGACGGCCGCAACGCGCUACCGGCAGAAAAAGAAACAAGAACUUGAAAUUCUGCAGGUCGAGCGAGAUAAGCUUGAAGACCGUAACCGUACGCUCAAUGAAAAAGCCGACUCGUUGAGUCGAGAAAUUAAAUAUCUGAGAGAUCUAAUGGCUGAAAUUCAGAUGGCCCGUAGCCUCAAAAAAUGAUCAGUUUUUUUCGUUCUGGUUUUUUUAAAUGUAGUUGCAACUAUUUAAUACCACCUUAUAAUCGGUUUUUCCAACACUGGCAAUGUCAUCAUAACCAUUUUAUGUUUAGCUUUAGAGUAGUGACUGCGCUUGGUGUAUUUCGGCACUUAGUUUAUAAACUGGGGUGGCUCUUGAUGUUGCGUUAUCUUGGCUAGCUUUGUGUAUUUAUGCAUUUUUAUUCGUCUUCGAAAAGAAUAGUGUGGUGUCAUUGAUCUAUCCUGUCAAUAAAAUUGGCCCUGACCUAA